AUGUUCGAAUUCACAUUAGUGUAUGUGCCCCAAAAAGCAGUGAAAGGACAAGUAUUGGCAGAUUUCUUGGCCGAUCACCCUGGUAUCACCCUCAGGGAGGAAACGAUUAAUUUUUGUGACAUUGACAUAUGGGAGAUGUGGUUCGACGGGUCCAGGACGAGCCAGGGGGCAGGUGCCGGAGUACACAUCAUCUCACCCCUGGGGGCAUCUUACCAAUUGUCAUUCAGAUUCCAGUUUGAAUGUACCAACAAUCAUGCAGAAUACGAGGUCCUAAUAUUCAGUCUUGAGAUUUUAGCCGAGCUGGGGGCAAAGGCGAUCAACGUAAAAGGCGAUUCUUUGUUGGUCAUCAAACAAGUGAUUGGAGAGUUCAAAUGCGAGUCCGAGUUAUUAAUAAGAUACUGCAAUAAGGCAAGACACUUGAUCGAAGGGUUCCAGGAUACGAGGGUAGAAUAUACCGAAAGGGCCGAUAAUGGUGUCGCGAAUGACUUGGCUCAGCACGGUAGUGGAUACAAGGUAAAUCUCCAGUUCGAUGCGAUAGAAAGAGAAACGCCGAAUCUCCACACUAGGGGCAUCACCAUCGAUGAGAAGAAAUUUUCUAUCUACCAGCUGGAUGUUACCCAAGAUUGGAGGGCCGAGCUCAUGAAUUGGUUCGAAAAGCCAGAUCCCACGAAUAGAAGGUUGAGAACUUUAGCCCUCAAUUACGUUGUAUUAGCCGGCGAGUUAUACAAGAAAGGUUUCGAAGGGCUACUCUUCAGGUGCAUCGGCCCAAAAGAAGCAAUGCUUACGAUGGCCGAGGUACAUGAAGGAAUAGCGGGCGAUCACCAGGAAGGCCCUAGAAUGCGAUGA